AGAUCUGUUAUCAAAAUGAAGCUAUUUACAUUAACAUUAUUGAUUGCACUUUGUUUAAGUGCCAACGCCAAGGAUCCCAUAAACAACAGAAGAUUCCCAAAGACAUUUAAAGUUGGUGUUGCUAAUGCUGCACCUCAAAUUGAAGGAGCAUGGAACACGGAUGGCAAAGGAGAAACUAUAUGGGACCACUUUGCUCAUACUCAGCCAGAAAAAAUCAUAGACCGAUCAACACCCGACGUUGCUUGUAAUUCUUAUUAUCAGUAUAAGGAGGAUAUUGCUAUGGUGAAGGAAAUGGGUCUGGAUCAUUACAGACUUUCGAUUGCUUGGUCCAGGAUUCUUCCUACUGGUUAUGUAGAUAGUCUUAAUCAGUUAGGUGUCCAGUAUUACAAAGACGUUUUUCAAGAGCUAAAAAAGAACAAUAUAGAACCUCUAGUAACCUUAUACCAUUGGGAUUUACCGCAACCACUUCAAGAACAAAUGAACGGUUGGAUAAAUGAGACUAUCGUUGAUAUCUUCGCCGAUUAUUGCAAACUAUGUUUCGAGCUCUUUGGAGAUGAUGUUAAAUGGUGGAUUACCAUUAAUGAACCCAAACAAGUAUGUCAAGCAGGUUAUGGUUCCGGAGUAUUGGCACCUGGUAUUGUCUCCAAUGGUAUUCUGGAUUACGUUUGUACGAAAAACGUUCUUCUAGCACACGCUAAAGCUUGGCAUAUUUAUGAUGAACAGUUUAGAGCAAAAAAUAAAGGACAAGUUGCUAUGGUGAUCGAUUCUACUUGGUAUGAACCAGGCAGCGAUAGUCAAGAAGAUAAAGAUGCUGCAGAAAGAGCUCAACAAUUUGACAUUGGAAUAUACGGCAAUCCACUAUUUAACGGAGACUGGCCAGAAAUAGUUAAAGAACGUGUAGCGUAUCGAAGUAAGUUGGAAGGAUUCAAAGAAUCGCGUCUACCGGCUUUUACAGAAGAUGAAAUUAAGUACAUCAAAGGCACUUCCGACUAUUUGGGUCUUAAUCACUAUUCAACAUUACUUGUAAAUCAUACAGCAGACGCUCCUAUCGGUACUCCUAGUUUUGAUAAUGACAAAAGCGUCCUCUACUGGCACAGGAGUGAAUGGACACAAGGAAGUGCUGAUUGGUUCUUUGAUGUACCAUGGGGUCUUAGGAAAUUCUUGAACUGGUUGAAGAAUACAUAUGGAAAUCCAGAAAUUGUUAUAACUGAAAAUGGUUUUUCGGAUACAACUGGCACAUUAGAAGAUGACAACAGAAUUACUUAUCUUGAGGGUCACGUAAGCGCUUGUCUAGAUGCUAUUUAUGAGGACGGUGUCAAUUUGACAGCUUACACAGCUUGGAGUAUCAUGGAUGACUGGGAGUGGACCGGUGGUUACACAUCGUUCUUAGGAAUGUAUAAAGUGGACUUUAAUGACCCCAACAGAGCAAGGAUAAAAAGGAAAUCUGCAGAUUACUUUACAAAUGUUGUUAAAAAUCGUUGUUUGGUAGAAGAAAGCCAAUGUGUAGAUUAAAUAAAUAAAUAUAUUAAGC